AUGUCUGACCCCAUAUUCCAAGCGCCGCUCCCUGAACGAUUUGCAUUGGCAUCGCGGUUAACCGAGCAGCUAGACGACGGGAUAUAUCGUCCAGGUACACCCGAACAUGCUAAAGUGUAUCGAAGGACGUUAGCGCUGCUGUCCACAUGCCUUGUAAUGGCUGAACAGCUGAACUUGCUUGAUGCGACGGCAAGCCUAGAUGAAAUCAGCACAAAAUCGCUCAAAUAUAUGACGAUCGAUUUCCACAUUGCCAAACUGCUUGACGAGUCUUUUAUCAACCCAAGCGAGGGUUCAGUGGUUGCCAGAUUAAGAGUUGCCAAGAGUGCUCUGCGCAAGUUCUACGACUUUCUUCUGGUUCUAGCAGAUCAUGACCUUUUGGACGAAGCCCUGCUGGCCCAGGUAACUCCAUAUGUGUUUCUGCCCGAAGGACGUUAUGGUCGCUCACAAAUGCCAGAUCUCCUGGAUAAGAUCGCCCACUCAGAUGCCAAAAUGUCUCCCAGAUUCAAACCGCACAAGUCGAGCUCCAAGGCGCGGAACAACGACAGCAUUGUGUUUACAACAAACGUCGGCGGCGAUAAGAACGAUAAGAACGCCAAGUACGAAGAUGUUCGUCGGGACGAGCUCGCAAAGCUUCGGAAACUUGGCCGCCGUGCUGUCGACUCAAUGCGUAGCUGCUGGCGCGAAAUUGAGCUGCUUAUUUUCGCCGUGCCAGAACAGCAGCGUGAGGACAUUACCAAAGAGCCCGAAGAAGCAUACUUACCGCAUAUUCUUGUUACUGCACAGAACAUUGGUCGCGGACGACCGCCCCGAGCGGAUGUUCUGGCCAACCCCGAUGUUGACGACCCCAAUCUCCUGGCUGCAGCAGGUUCUGGAAACCGUGGCUAUACAUUUGACGAUGCUAGGAACGCAAUGAAAGCACAGGGCACUGACUACAGCACUAAAGUCGAUGCCACCAUCGAGAGACCCGACCCCCACGCCAUUCUCGGCCCCCAGGGUCAGGUCCUCAAACCUUUUGUAUUGACCGACGGCAGACAGCAAAUUGCCCGCAAAGUUAUGGGUACUGGACAAGUCCUGCCUACCAUGUCGAUCGAAGAGGCUGUUGAAUACGAGUUGAAGAACCGCGUCAAACCCGCAGACCCAGCCGGCCCUGAGAUUGACGAGGAAAGCGAGCUCUAUUCCGACAUGCAAACUAUGAAGGCCCGCCAAUGGGACGAAUUCACCGAAGCAAACCCUAAAGGAGCCGGUAACACUAUGAAUAGAGGCUAA